UCCAAACCCACCUUCCAGCGGUCGCAGUGGCAUACUACCUGGUAGUAGUCCGCAGCCGCAAGCCGCAACCAACGUGAACACCCGCAACUUCAGGUUGGACAUCCUCACCACUAUCCUCGAGGCAUUCACACACAGCAACAGUCUCCGCAGCGUUGUCGACCCUGAUGCCAUUGACCGUUCUUCUGUCUUAUUAUCCUACCACUUGCGCCGCUGCACAGUUCUCCCCUACGCCAUUGUCGGCCGCCAACUACUAGCACCGGCUUCUCCAAUCGAGUGACCGAUUGAUCGACCGUCUCUCGGCUCAGAGGGCGCAGCCUCCGUUCGACCACCGCGAAACACUGUCCUUCAUCUGCGUACAUGACCAACCCCGGCUCUCUGCCUCCCAUGCUGUUCGAGUCUGCCCAGCAGUCUGCCCGACGACACAAGCUAAUCCUCCGCUCCAAUCCCCAUUGAGGUCCAAUUGAUCCGAUCUGCUUCAGCCUCACUCCGCUGUACGACCAGUCAUCCUACCUCAAGUCCCUGUGCGACUCGUGUCAGAACACUCUUCCUGGUGUCGCACAUUUACCGUAUCCAUUUCCGGUACCCUCUACUGCUUCCUAGUAGUCGGAUCGACCUACUGGCAUUACUUUGUACAUUGACUGUCUGCGCGCCAGUCUCCACACAAUCACUGAACCUGCGGGAAACCGCCCCGUUUCUCUGUCUGAGCUUCUAUAUCGAGAGGUGCCAUUGCAGCCUCGCUCGCUCCCGGUCCUGCUGUCGCCUCGUUGCCUAGCAUCCUACCGUCAAGCCACAGCCUCGUUGCCGAUCGGCUUACUGGCAGGGCCAUGAUUCAACGCCUUGAACAUCUGGUCCGGAACACACCUUUCCCACUCGGGACCAGAGCGCUAUAGGAGGGGAUCUCCUGCAUCCGCCUCCAGGCCAUAUCGAAGGAAGAAUGUCUUUCACCAACACACAGUCACGAAAUACUCAAAGACCUACCCCCCAUCAAUCUCCCUUGACGGCGCCCAAAGCGUACCGGUCAAGUCCCGCACAGUUUCAGAGUCAUAACCGCAGUACGAGCAUAACGUCCAACCCUACGCAAACAGCGCAUGAACCACCACGACUGGGUUCGGAACUGGAUUGUUGGACCUUCGAUCAAAUCUUUAGCGCCCCUGUCGCCAGCCCAGCAUCUCUUCCCCAGUCGACAUAUCCCCUCGGCUUAGAGGAGGACACAUCUCACCAUGAGUCUUCCUUUGAUGACUUCCUGACCACGGGAUACUCCUCAGAAAACCACGUCAGCGAGCAUACCACCCCGCAAGAGCUGAUCUGGGAACAACAGUUUGUAUAUCAGGACAAACAACCUUACAUUCUGGACAACUACGACCAGAGCGGAGACGGCGGGAGCCACGAGUUCACCCAGUCCUCCGACUUACAAGCCUUCUACCCAGACGCACAGGAGACCUUGCCGGAUUUUGUGUCUGGCCACGAUUUGGCAAAUUCCAAGCUGAACACAUCAAUAGACCAUUCUCUUGAUCUCUCGCGGGGGACCGAGUCUCCCAUGCCGGGUCAAGACCAAUAUAUGGAACGACCUUCCAACGGCCGCAGCCAGACAAACCAUGCGACUCAGAAUCUAAGAGUUAGCACCGCCCGAAAUCAUACUUCUACUCCUUCUCCCAACCAUGGAGUAUCUGCAUGGCAGCGCACGUCCCCGAAUAUGCGCGCCCCUAGUCCUGUUGUUAUGGUUUCGAGCUACGAAGCACCCGAACCGAACAAUGGGAAACAGACGGCGCAGGCACAAAAUUCCAAUAAGCGCAGUCGGGGUGGAACAGGCUCGAACGUGGACGAUGAAGAGGAGGAGGAAGAUGAUGAUGAUGAUGAUGAUGAAGGUGUUGACAACCACCUCGGAGGUGGGGAUCCCAACGUGGAUUCAUCUCAUCUUAUGCCACCUGCACCCAUUGGCAGCAACAACACAUCCGCUACUGCGGCCCAAAGAAGUGGCUUGGAACCUAUGCAGCGAGGAGAUGAUGUGGUCUUAUCUCUUAAGGAGCUGGAGGAGCAGCGUCAAAGAGAUGAGCGAAAUGCUGAAGUGCAAACUUGGCUCGAAACGAGCGAUGAUGGUGGUCACCAUAACAAAGAUAAAGGCGUGACCAGCAUGCGCGGCCUAACCACUGGCGGCAGACGCCGUGCUCAUACCACAGGCCAGAUGGACGCGAUCGGCCUGGUGUACUCGGACAAGAACAUCCCAGGUCCCGGGCUGCUUCUGGAAGUGGACUCGGAUGAUGAGUCUUCGGAUGAGGAGUCUAUAUCCUCGUCCCAGAUGGAGGGGCAUACAAACCAAAUCCUGGAUACAUACUACCACUCGGAAUCACCUCGCAUGUCGCCGCGUGCACUGGAGGAGCGUGGUUCUCCAAACAUGUCUUUCCCGCCGCUUGAGGAUGACACGCCACCGGAGCUACAGGAGCCUCUCCCACGGCAAUUUUACAGGCGCAGCCCAUGGCAAGACCCUGUGCGAGGUUCACUUAGCGAUGCGAGAGACCAACCUGAUACAUCGAACGCGGCCCUCUACCGGUUUAAUCAGGAAGCAGCCAAGUGGGAGACGGCAUCAAGAGCAGCCACUUGGGGAACCCGCCGUCGUCUCAGCGAAAGCGAAGUCAGAUCCAUUGUGGAAGGUAGUCAGGUACGACAUCUAUCCCUUUCCAAACGGGGCCGGGAGCGGGGCAACAGUAUUCUAAACAAGGCCCGUGGCCUGUUACCACGGCGGAGCAGCAGCAACGUGAAGACCGAAUCGCCAGCCGAGGGUCAGGAAUCCGCCCCAACUAGCGGACAUGCUCAUCGAAGUUCGAUCGGCACCAUCAAACCCACCCAGAGAAAGCCCAGUUUUAGCAGCAAGCCAAAAUCGCCCCCACUGGAUACCGGAAGCGCAUUCAUGGCCAUGACUGGCCAGCUCACCGCGAUUGGCCGAGCCAACGCAAUGACCCAGGACACCGACACCCAUAAGUCGUCGGGGUCGCUCCAGGCUCUGAGGAAGCAUCGGUCCAAGAGUGAUGUGUCCAAGCAUGGGAGAUCCUCUUCUGCUACCCCAGGGUUGACAGAACUGAUGACAAGACACGGUGGUCCGCCCAUUCCCACACUUGCUUCCCCCAUGCAUGAACGCGAACGCAUUGUGGCUGCGCAGGUGCUUGACAAUGAAGAAGCCCCUGCCGACGAUGACGAAGACGAUCAAGCGGAUGAGGUGGCUAUUCGAAUGGACUUUGAGAUCCGGGCAGAGGAGAUCACACCUACUCUGGAGGGGUUCAGAGAUCAUGCCCGGAGACUGAACCCACGAUUGGAGCCAUAUAUGAUUGAGCGAAUCGGCCAGGAGCAGAUUCGCCGCUACAAGAAGUUGGUGGAGACCAAGAUCAAACAUACGCGCGCGGUGCAGAUGAACCAGAAAUGUCCCUCGGGCAAGUUUUGUUUUGACCUGGGCGGCGAGGCAGCUCUUCUGGCGCCGCGCGUCAGCGUUAAAGACCCCGAGGCAACUCUGACCCAAUUCCAAGUGUGCAAUCCUGCCGACGAUGAAAUCGACGAGUCCGGGUUCACCGAAGGCAUCAUCACGCCGGCUCUUUUUCCAGCAGGCAUCCCCUUACCGCCGGUAAAACGGCUGCCGGCAGAAUUAGAAUGCCCACUCUGCUUCAAAGUCAAGAAGUUCCAAAAGCCGUCAGACUGGACGAAACACGUACAUGAGGACAUCCAACCCUUUUCCUGCACAUUUCCCCAUUGUCCUGAGUCCAAGUCGUUCAAACGGAAAGCAGAUUGGGUACGUCACGAGAAUGAACUACAUCGUCACCUGGAGUGGUGGAAGUGUAACAUUGAAGAGUGUUCACAUAUCUGCUACCGCAAAGACAAUUUUGUGCAACAUCUUGUCCGAGAGCAUAAGAUGAAGGAGCCGAAAGUCAGAAGUCGUGGCUCUGCCAGCAGCAAAAACAAGGCAGUCAACAACAAUGUGGGUUGGUCAGAGGACGCCGAGCUGUGGCGCCUGGUUGACUCGUGCCGACAUGAGACGACCAAAAAGCCGCGCGAUGAACCGUGCCGGUUCUGUGGGAAUGUAUGUUCGAGUUGGAAAAAGCUGUCGGUACACAUGGGCAAACACUUGGAACAGAUUGCCUUGCCUGUCCUACAGCUGGUGAGAAUACGUGAAGUGGCGCCGGAUACAGUCAUCAGCCCAAUCGACCAAGCGCCUCCGUCUGCGAUAGCCUCAACACACCCGACUGGGCUUGGGACGAUCAACAACACCAUGGACGCCAGCGCGACCUUGUCGCCGUAUCCUCGAAGCGCCACUUCGGCCUACCAGACAUCAUCAGCCGGGCAAUCCCCGGCGUCAGGACACGGGCCGUCCCGGCAUGGCGGAUAUCAGCAGUUCGACGCUGGCUUUUACAGUGAUGACGGCAUGACGGCGGGCAUGCACGUGCCGAUGACAGGUAACAUGUUUCCGGGCUCGUCUGCGACCAGUAUGCCACAGCAACCGCAUAUGUACAUGGGGCCGUCGGAGUACAUGCAGCCAGGGGAUGUAGGACAUUGUCCGCACGAGUACAGUGUGUCGCCGCACAGUUCAGUGGUGACACCACGAUCUCAGCCUCAGCCGGUCACAGCUACGGGCUACAAUCAUAGCGACCAGUUCUUUGAGACUGGUGGCCUUGAUUAUACGCAACCAAUGCCAAUGGCUGGCAUGUAUUCGAGUGCGGGCGUGCAGUCAACGCCCGGCUAUGGUCUGCAAUAUGCCUCACCGUCCAUGCAGCAUAACCAGCAUUUGGGGCAACAACAACCAGGCGGUGUGGAGAACCAGUCAGCAGGACUGGGAUUGCACCCGAUGAACCAAGGUUUUGUGUUUCAAGAUCCUCAGGCUGGACAUCAGCAAGGCCAGCCUGGAUCUGGAAACAUGCAGUAUACGCAGUGAUUUCUUUUCUCACGAAUGAAAUGGAAUGAGAAGUGAGUGUCGGAUAUGAUGUGGACUUGUUGUCUCGGAACAGUCCCUUUUAGCUUGAGUUUCCAGCUGGAACGGGAUCAUACGUAUGUGUCUGAUUGUUGGACACAUGGAAGAGAUGACACAUUCCUGGGAGGGCUUUGAACUAUCUUCGCUUUGUCUGCAUUCGAGAUACCCAAGAUACAAACAUUUUCGUUUCUUCUUGCUUUGGGCAGCGACCCGGUUUGUUCGCAUGCAAUGGGGAAGGAUUGGGUGGUGCGUUUGAUCUUAGCGAGUAUCUAUCUACUACUGUAGGUUCUUUUACGAACCGAUGCGGUGCGAGCAAUGACAAUGACGAAUUGGAGCGAUUCAGACCCUGUUCUACGAGCCCGAGGUCCAAGAGUUCCAGUUGCAGAGCGGUUUCUCAACCCGACACAUGUGCGGAAUUUGAACCUAGCGUAACUUGAAGUUUGAAGUACAGGACCUUUAUUUAGCUCUUUAAAGCUUAGGGCAAGGCAGAAACCUCUGGUUCGGAGAUAUUGUUGGUGUUGGCUUGAUCUCGGCGUGGCUGAGGCGUUGGAUCGGCUACCAGCCUGUAUGACGUGCUACCAGUGUACAAACACUGCACUUCGGUGAGGCUAUGGACCUGUAGUGGUAUCUUGGUAAAGCAUCACAUGGUGUUCUUGACAACCUGAAGGAUGAGGAUUUGUAAGGCACUACCCGUACUGACUACCCAGGUACUGACUACUAUUAUGGAACCGCACUCGUGUGUCCUGCUCGG